CCCGCGGUCGCUCAGCCCGGCGCGACGGAGCAGGCCGCUGCCGCCGGCCGCCAGGCGCGCUUCCUCUCCUACUCGCGCCUCGCCGCCUCCGAGCACAACAAGAUCGACAAGGACGACUCCGACGAUGCCACGGACGCUGAUCUCGACGCCGAGAACGAGACGGACGGAGACAAGGGCACCGACCCGACGUCCGCGCUGUCGGGCAUGUACUCGGACUGCCUGAUGCAGCUGUCGUUCAGCUGCGUGCAGAAGAAGGUGCUGGUGUUCCUGGACCGCCUGGGCCGCCUGGACAAGUUCCUGGUGCUGGGCGACUUCCUGUCGGUGGUGCGCCUCAACAAGGAACGCGCGGCGCUGCAGGUGGCGCCCGGCGCGGCCGCGCUCGCCGGCGACGCCUCUCCGCUCACGGAGCGCGCGCUCGACGCGCGCCUGCAGGCCUCGCAG